CUCUCUCCCCCCCCCCCCUUCCCAUCCAUCACUCAUCUCAAUUUCGGAAUCUUAGGGUUUAUCUUCAAUCUCUCUUCUUAAAUCACAAAUCGAAUUCCUCGGAUUGUUGUGAAAUUAGGGUUUUGAUUGAUUUGGGACUUCGAGAUUUAACUGGUUUAGCUAGAAAGUGUCGAUUUUUAGGGGGUUUCUUGGAUCUAAUUGCUCGGAUUGUUGUGAAAUUAGGGUUUUGAUCGAUUCGGAAGCUCGAGAUUUAACUGGUUUAGCUCGAAAGUACCGUUAAUGGAAGACGGCGAGCUCGAGUUCUCGAACCAGGAAGUGUUUUCAACUUCCGACAUGAAUGGGUUACCUCUUACAAACUGUUCCAUGGAUACUUUCUUCGACGAGCUUCUCAAGGAUUCCAACGCUGCUUGCACCCACACACACACCUGUAACCCCACGGGUCCUGAGAACGCCCACACUCACACCUGCUUCCACGUCCACACCAAGAUCCUCCCAGAGGACAGCGACGAGAAGGUCUCCACCGACGACACAGCCGAGUCCUGCGGGAAGAAGGGGGAUAACAAGAGGCCUUUGGGGAACAGGGAAGCCGUUAGGAAGUAUAGAGAGAAGAAGAAGGCUAAGGCCGCUUCGUUGGAGGACGAGGUGGCGAGGCUCACGGCUGUGAAUCACCAGCUUGUGAAGAGGUUGCAGAGUCAGGGGGCCUUGGAAGCUGAGGUCUCGAGGCUCAAGUGUUUGCUUGUGGAUUUGAGAGGGAGGAUUGAUGGGGAGAUUGGGUCUUUUCCUUAUCAGAAACCUAGUGUUCCUUCUUUCUCACACAUGAUGAUGAAUCCUUGUAACGUGGAGUGUGGUGAUGAGGUUUAUUGCCUUCAGGAUGGGUUUGGAGGGAGUAGCCAAGGAGGUGUGUCGAUCAAUGAUGGUUGUGGUUUUGAUCAGUUACAACAGUGCGUGGCUAAUCACAACUUAGUUGGCAAUGGAAACGGAUCGUUUAACAGCAGUGCCAAUGCAUCUGCCUCCAAUAAGAGAAAAGGUGGGAAUAAAGCAGCUUGAACCACCAUCAAGCUUGUAACAUCUAUUUACACCUGGAUAGAUAAUUUAUAUUCCAAAUAAGUUGUAGAGUUCAGCUGCAUCAUCAGUUUCACUCAGGUUCCCUUUUGCUUUUUUGAAACUCUUUUCAUUCCAUUGUAUCUUGUUGAGUUUUGCGGUGCAAGAAGGAUGAUUUGUUAAUACAAACUGUGGUCCUGCCAUUUGUUUCUAAGUUGAUUGAUAUUAUGUCUGUGUAUGACGAAUGAGCAAUUGUUUUAUUUGCUGAA